GGCCAAUUUCCAGCAUCGUCGAACAGUCCAGCCGGAAGGCCUCAGACAGUCGAAAUCAGUCGCAACGCAGCGACGAGUUGAAUCCCGCGAGCCGCGCCAUUCGUACGGAUAGGACCUCAUAUGGAGAAGCUCAUUCUGCGAGGUGCAUAUAGGCCGACAAGGUGCCCGACGAGUGGUUCGAAAAGAUUCCUGGCGGCUACUACAAGGCCAAGGAGAAGAAGGCCGACCUUGAGGACGAGCUCGAGAAGGAGGAAAAGAAGAGCAGCGCCAAAAUGAAGAAACGACGAUCGAGACGCUACAGCGACGACGAAUACGAAGACGAUCGCGACUCGAGAGACGACCGAGAGAAUGGUUAUCGAUCAGACGGACAUCGGUCGCGACGGUCUGAUGCUAAGAAGCCGGUCGAUGGGGCAGACGAUUUCGACGAGAUUAACAACCGGCCGCGUCGCAAGCGUAGUAGAGCGCGGCGGAGGGACGACGACGACAAGUAUGGGAAAGACGAUGGCCACCAUCGGUCGUCACGAAAGCGUGGUGGCAUCGAGUAUGGAGACGGUGCCAUUCCUCCUGCUGAACCACCUCCGCCCUCGGUAACAUACACAGAUCCGAUGGCUGGCGCUGCGGCUAUGGGAGGUAGAUUUGCUGCUGCCCAAGCAUUCCAGCAGAAUGGGGCAUUCGGUUCGCCUGCUCCCUCGAACGGAGCGUAUGGCUCUCCGUUGCCUUCCAAUGGUGCAUAUGGGUCACCGCAGGCUUCUAGCGGCGCUUAUGGAUCACCGCAACCCUUCCAACCUCAGCCGAAUAUUGCUGGUAGUGUCAACUCAUCAUUCGGCCACGACCCUAAUCAGCCACCAGCCCGAUCAACAUCAACAUUGCGCGGCGGCAUGUCUACUGGAUAUGUUCCCUACGCGCACAUCUACGGAGGACCUACACAUGCUCAAGGAUACCCACCGCCUCAAUCCGACGUGGGCUCAGUGCAGCCUACCUACAUGAACCAAGUCGCUGCGACCAAAGUGGCACCUCCACCCUCAGACUAUCAGCAAAACCCCGCAGUAGACAGUAUGAUGAUCGGUACGAUCACAAAUCGAGGAGCGGCUACGAAUCCGACGAAACCGCUCGUCAAUCACGACGUGAGCGCCGCCGGUCUCGAAGAUCGCGGCGAGACCGAUCGCCAUCGCAAGACAGCUACUACUCCGAAGACUCCCGCGAUGAACGAAGCCGAAGCCGACGAAGACGAUCCCGUCCACCCCCUCGAGACGUCCCACCGCCCACAGUCGCAUCAGAGACAAGGGAAAGGUAUGCUGAUCCUCGUCAUCGUGCUACAUCACAUCACUCUCGUCACAGCAGUAUCAAUAGGCAUCAGCAUGAUUAUUCCUCUGUGCGCGGCAAGAGUCAAGAUCGUACUAAACACCCGCCGCCACCACCUUCCACUUCGAGUCCGCACCACAACCCCACCUCAAUCGCAGCAACAGCGUCUCCAGCCUGAAAGCGAAGGGACAGAUCGCGCCGCCGGCGUCUCCUUCAUGAUGCGGCAUCUUGGGUAA